UUUCCUUCCCCCUCUUUAGGUUUCAUCUAUACAUGUGGCGGUACACUGAAGGGCCGAAAUGGCAGCAUAGAAUCGCCAGGCUUCCCCUAUGGCUACCCUAAUGGGGCAAACUGUACCUGGGUCAUUGUCGGGGAGGAAGGAAGUCGAAUCCAGUUGAUGUUCUUGUCCUUCGCCAUAGAAGAAGAAUAUGAUUUCUUGUCCUUGUAUGAUGGACACCCACACCCUGCCAACUUCAGAACCAGGCUAACAGGCUUCCAGGUUCCUCCCCCGGUCACCAGUACAGGAAAUGUCUUCUCUUUGAGGUUGACCAGUGACUUUGCAGUCUCUGCACAUGGCUUCAAACUCAACUAUGAAGAACUCCACAGUACAUCUUGUGGAAACCCUGGUGUCCCCCCCAAAGCAGUGCUAAGUGGUGGCGGACGUUUUGCUGUGGGAGACCGUGUGCGGUACAGCUGUGUGCCUGGUUAUGUCUUAGACGGCCAUGCCACACUCACCUGCAUUACCAAUACAGGAAACACCGCCGUCUGGGACUUUCCUGCUCCAAUUUGUCGAGCUGAGGACACAUGUGGGGGCACUGUGAGGGGCGGCAGUGGGGUGGUGACCAGUCCCGGUUACCCCGGCAACUAUGGUAACCAGGCCGACUGUACUUGGAUCCUAUUGGCCGAACCUGGAGACACCAUCUCUGUCAUCUUUACAGACUUCCAGACAGAGGAGAAGUAUGACUACCUGGAAGUUGAGGGAUCUGAACCACCCACCAUUUGGUUGUCGGGCAGUAAUGUCCCCUCUCCCAUUGUUAGCAACAAGAACUGGCUCCGACUGCAUUUUAUGACUGAUAGCAACCACCGUUACCGUGGUUUCAGCGCACAUUAUCAAGUGAAGCGAUCAGUAGAUUUUAAAUCGCGGGGCGUUAAAUUAUUCCCUGGCAAAGACUCCAGCAACAAGUUUUCAAUAUUAAAUGAAGGUGGUGUGAGACAGGCGUCUAACUCCUGCCCAGACCCGGGAGAGCCAGAGAAUGGAAAACGCCAUGGCAAUGAUUUCAGCAUUGACGGUGUGGUGCAGUUCAGUUGUGGAGAAGACUAUGUUCUUCAGGGCAGUAAAACCAUCACCUGCCAGAGAGUGGCUGAAGUCUUUGCAGCCUGGAGUGACCACAGACCGGUCUGUAAAGUGAAGACAUGUGGCAGUAAUCUUCAAGGGCCAUCUGGAACGUUUACAUCUCCUAACUUCCCCAUUCAAUAUGAGAGCAAUGCACAGUGUGUGUGGAUAAUUACUGCUUCAAAUCCCAAUAAGGUAAUCCAGAUCAACUUUGAAGAGUUUGACCUGGAGAUAGCCUAUGAUACUCUGACCAUAGGAGAUGGAGGAGAGGUGGGAGAUCCUACAGCUAUACUGCAGGUCCUAUCAGGUAGCUUUGUUCCUGACCUGAUAGUCAGUAUGACUCACCAGAUGUGGCUUCACCUACAGUCAGAUGAGAGUGUCGGAUCUAUAGGAUUCAAGAUCAACUAUAAGGAAAUAGACAAAGAGAGUUGUGGCGACCCUGGAACCCCUCUCUAUGGAAUAAGAGAAGGGGACAGCUUCUUAAAUGGAGGAAUCCUGAGGUUUGAGUGCCAGUUUGGAUUUGAGCUGAUUGGAGAGAAAACUAUUUCCUGCCAAGACAACAAUCAGUGGUCAGCAAACAUCCCCAUAUGCAUAUUCCCCUGUAUGUCCAACUUCACAGCUCCCUCAGGAACUGUACUCUCCCCAGAUUACCCAGAAGGCUAUGGAAACAACAUGAACUGUGUCUGGCUCAUCCAAUCAGAUCCCGGCUCCAGAAUCCACUUGGCAUUUAAUGACUUUGACCUUGAGGCACCCUAUGAUUCCCUAACGGUGAAAGAUGGCGAGACAAAUGACGCCGGCGUCAUUGGGAGGUUCUCUGGAGCUGAGAGUCCUUCCCAUCUGACGUCCAAUACCAACACAUUGAGACUGGAGUUUCAGGCCGAUCACUCCAUGUCAGGAAGAGGAUUUAACAUCACAUACAGUACAUUUGGCCAUAAUGAGUGCCCAGACCCUGGCAUUCCAAUCAACGCUCGCCGCUUUGGAGACAGCUUCCAGCUUGGCAGCUCCAUCUCUGUGGUCUGCGAGGACGGAUUUAUCAAAACCCAAGGAGCUGAGACCAUCUCCUGUCAGUUAGAAAAAGGCAAAGUCAUGUGGAGUGGGCCCAUCCCUAAAUGUGAAGCCCCAUGUGGAGGCCACUAUUCAGCCCCAAAUGGAGUGAUUUUGUCUCCUGGGUGGCCUGGUUACUAUAAAGAUUCCCUCAGCUGUGAGUGGGUGAUUGAAUCAGAACCUGGUCGCUCCAUCAAAAUCACAUUUGACAGGUUCCAGACAGAGCUGGGUUAUGACUUUCUGGAAAUCCAUGAUGGGCCAAACCUCCUGUCUCCUUUGGUUGGCUCCUUUAAUGGAACCCAGGUGCCCCAGUUCCUGUUCAGCACCAGCAACUUUCUUUAUCUACUGUUUACCACCGAUAACAGCCGGUCAAAUGCUGGCUUCAAAAUAUUAUAUGAAAGCGUUACAGUGGACAGCUACUCAUGCCUGGACCCUGGUAUCCCUGUCAAUGGUAUUCGGUAUGGACAGGAUUUCUCCAUUGGGUCCACAGUAUCAUUCGGUUGUGGUUCUGGCUACAGACUCAGCCAUGAGGAGCCGCUAGUAUGUGAGAAGAACCACUGGUGGAGCCAUCCUUUACCAACAUGUGACGCUCUAUGUGGUGGGGAUGUUAGAGGUCCUUGGGGAACCAUCCUUAGUCCCGGCUAUCCAGACAGCUACCCUUCAUCUCUCAACUGUACCUGGACUGUUGAAGUCAGCCAUGGGAAAGGAGUCCAGUUUGAGUUCAGCUCUUUUCAUCUGGAGGACCAACAUGACUACCUCUUGGUUACUGAAAACGGAAGUUUCCUGCAACCACUGGCUCGCCUGACCGGCAACGAGUUGCCUAGCAACAUCAAUGCUGGUCUCUAUGGCAACUUCAAAGCCCAGCUACGAUUCAUCUCUGACUUUUCGAUUUCAUAUGAGGGUUUCAACAUAACGUUCUCUGAAUAUACUUUGGAGCCAUGUGAAGACCCUGGGAUGCCUCGUUUUGGCAGAAGAAACGGCUACAGUUUUGGCAUUGGAGACACUUUGUCUUUUUCCUGCAAUAUGGGUUACCGCCUAGAGGGGGUGCCAGAGGUAAUCUGUCUAGGAGGAGGGCGGAGAAUGUGGAGCUCUCCUCUACCAAGAUGUGUCGCGGAGUGUGGUUCUUCAGUUAUGAACAAUGAAGGAAUCCUUCUCUCUCCAAACUAUCCAAUGAACUAUGACAACAACCACGAGUGCAUCUACAGCAUCCAGGUACAAGCUGGGAAAGGCAUCAACAUCUCUGCUCGAACCUUUCAUCUUGCCCAAGGGGAUAUACUCAAGAUUUAUGAUGGCAAAGACAGCACAGCCCAAGUUCUGGGUGCAUUCACGGGAUUGUCUAUGUUGGGCCUGACGCUGAUCUCCACUUCCAACCAUCUCUGGCUGGAAUUUUACAGUGAUGCAGAAAGUACAGGGGAAGGAUUCAAACUGGUCUACUCCAGUUUUGAGUUGUCUCAUUGUGAGGACCCAGGUGUGCCUCAGUUCGGCUUCAAGGUCAAUGACCAAGGUCAUUUCUCCGGCAGCAGCAUCACAUACAGAUGUGAGCCCGGAUACACUCUUCAUGGUGCUUCCACACUGAAGUGCAUGACUGGCGAAAGGAGAGCCUGGGAUAACCCUCUGCCUUCUUGUAUUGCGGAGUGUGGUGGCCGUUUUAAAGAUGAGUCAUCAGGGAGGAUUCUUUCUCCUGGGUACCCUUUUCCUUAUGACAAUAAUCUGCGUUGUACAUGGACCAUCGAGGUGGACUCAGGAAACAUUGUGAGUCUGCAGUUCUUGGCCUUUGACACGGAAGCCAGCCACGACAUGCUGAAGGUUUGGGAUGGACCACCUGAGAAUGAAAUGUCUUUGUCAGAGCUCAGUGGGUCACUGCUACCUGAGGGAAUCCACUCCACACUGAACACUGUCACUGUUCAGUUUGAGACUGAUUUUUACAUCAGCAAGUCAGGAUUCGCUAUUCAGUUCUCUAGCUCAGUAGCUACAGCCUGCAGGGACCCAGGUGUACCAAUGAACGGCAGUCGUAGUGGAGAUGGCCGUGAGCCGGGGGAUUCAGUGUCCUUUCAGUGUGACCCAGGAUACGAACUCCAGGGGGAUGACAAAAUCACCUGCAUACAAGUGGAUAACAGAUACUACUGGCAGCCCAGCCCGCCUGUCUGCAUAGCUCCAUGUGGAGGAAACCUAACUGGCUCCAAUGGAUUUAUACUGUCUCCUAACUACCCACAUCCCUACCCUCACUCCAAGGACUGCGAUUGGCUCAUUGCUGUCAACUCUGACUACGUCCUGUCACUGGCUUUUAUAGGUUUCAACAUUGAGCCAAACUACGACUUCCUGUAUAUCUAUGAUGGUCCGGAUAGCAACAGUCCUCUGAUAGGUAGCUUCCAGGACAGCAAACUCCCAGAGCGGAUAGAGAGCAGUUCAAAUACGAUGCAUUUAGCAUUCCGCAGUGAUGGAUCUGUUUCUUACACUGGCUUUCACUUGGAAUACAAAGCUAAGCUGAGGGAAUCAUGUUUCGACCCAGGUGUGGUUCUGAAUGGGACCAGGCUUGGAUCCGAUUAUAAGCUUGGCUCUACUGUCACCUUCUAUUGUGAGGCUGGAUAUGUUUUGCAGGGCUAUUCUACCCUAACCUGUAGUAUGGGAGAUGAUGGCAGACCUGGAUGGAACAGGGCAUUGCCUAGUUGUCAAGCUCCCUGUGGAAGUCGUUCAACAGGAACAGAAGGGACUGUUUUAUCUCCAUACUUCCCCAGAAACUAUACCUCUGGACAGACCUGUGUCUACUCUAUAUCUGUACCAAGAGAGUUCGUCCUCUUUGGACAGUUUGUGUUGUUCCAGACAUCUCUAAAUGAUGUGGUGGAAAUCUACGAUGGACCCACUCAACAAAACACACUGCUGUCUUCUCUCUCUGGGUCCCACUCUGGUGAGUCUCUCCCUCUCAGUUCUGGAAAUCUGAUCACAGUGAAGUUUACCACGGUCGGACCAGAAACUGCAAAGGGUUUUCACUUCGUCUACCAAGCUGUCCCGAGGACCAGCUCCACCCAGUGCAGUUCAGUCCCUGAGCCACGCUUUGGGAAGCGUCUCGGUAAUGACUUUGCAGUCGGCUCAUUGGUGCAGUUCGAGUGCAACCCUGGUUAUGUCCUCCAUGGCUCAACCGGCAUACGGUGUGAGAGUGUACCUGACAACCUGGCACAAUGGAAUGACACCCUGCCAACAUGCAUAGUUCCCUGUGGGGGUAUGUUGACCUCUCGUCGUGGGACCAUCCUAUCGCCUGGAUAUCCAGAGCCCUAUGACAAUAAUCAGAACUGUGUGUGGAAGGUCUCCGUUCCAGAAGGGGCUGGAAUACAGAUACAAGUUGUGAGUUUUGCCACUGAGCAUAACUGGGACUCUUUGGAUUUUUACGAUGGUGCCGACAACCAUGGACCAAGACUGGGCAGCUACUCUGGCACCACCAUCCCCCUUCUCCUGAAUAGUACAUCUAACAGCCUCUAUCUCAGCUUCAACUCUGAUAUUAGUGUCUCAGCUGCUGGUUUUCACUUGGAAUAUACAGCUAUUGGUCUGGAGUCAUGUCCAGAGCCUCAGACUCCAAAUUAUGGAAUAAGACAAGGAGACAGAUUUAUGGUGGGAGAUGUCGUACAGUUUUCAUGUGAACAAGGAUACUCUCUUCAGGGCAAUGCCCAUAUUACCUGCAUGCCUGGACCUGUUCGAAGAUGGAACUACCCUGUACCACUAUGCCUUGCCCAGUGUGGUGGGUCUAUGACAGAUGUAAGUGGAGUGAUUCUAAGUCCUGGUUUCCCCGGCAACUACCCCAGUGGAUUAGACUGCACAUGGACAGUCAACUUACCUGUCGGCUUCGGUAUCCAUCUCCAGUUUCUGAACUUCUCUACUGAAGCGAUCCAUGAUUAUUUGGAGAUCCGCAGUGGAACACUGGAGCUGGGCUCGGUCAUUGACCGGUUCAGCGGUCCAGUCAUCCCCAAGCCUCUGUUCAGCACCACGCACCAGACUAGCUUCUUUUUCCACAGUGACUAUUCACAAAACAAACCAGGGUUCCACAUCACAUAUCAAGCCUACCAGCUCCAGAGUUGCCCAGACCCUCGGCCAUUUCGAAACGGCAUUGUGAUUGGCACAGAUUUCAGUGUUGGGAUGACGGUGUCGUUUGAAUGCCUGCCUGGAUAUUCUCUGAUCGGAGAGGCUUCCCUCACAUGUUUACAUGGUAUCAGCAGGAACUGGAAUCACCCGCUACCGCGUUGCGAAGCUCUCUGUGGUGGCAACAUCACGUCAUUAAAUGGGACUAUUUACUCUCCUGGUCACCCUGAGGAAUACCCCAACUUCCAGGACUGUGUGUGGAGUGUUAGAGUUCCUCCUGGACAUGGGAUUUACAUCAAUUUUACUGUACUGAGCACUGAGCCCAUUUAUGACUACAUUACUGUCUGGGAUGGCCCGGACCAAUCAUCUCCUCAGAUUGGCCAGUUUAGUGGAAACACAGCUUUGGAGUCUGUCUACUCUACUUCAAACAUCAUCCUCAUCAAAUUCCACUCUGACUUCUCUGGAGCCGGCUUCUUUGUCUUAAGCUACCACGCCUACCAAUUAAGGGUUUGCCAGCCUCCUCCAGAAGUGCCCAAUGCUGACAUGCUGAUGGAAGACGGAGAGUUGGAGAUAGGUGACAUCAUCAGGUACAGAUGCCAUCCUGGAUUCUCGUUGGUUGGCAGUGAAAUUCUCACAUGUCGCUUAGGAGAAAGACUACAGAUGGAUGCACCACCUCCAACGUGCCAAGUCCAAUGUCCUGCGCAUGAUGUACGAUAUGACUCAUCAGGUGUCAUCCUGAGCCCCGGUUGGCCAGAAAGCUACCCCAACCUCCAAAUGUGUUCAUGGAGCGUCACAGUAGAGAAAGGAUACAAUGUCACUGUUACCUUUGAAAGUUUCCACACUGAGAGAGAGUUUGACGUGUUGACAAUUUUUGAUGGUCCAACAUCCAACAGUCCCACUCUGGCAACGCUGAGCGGAGACCUGCCAACACCCUUUAACCUCACAUCUUCUGGUCACCAGUUCCUGGUCAGCUGGUCUUCAGACCAUGGCACAAACAAGAAAGGCUUCAAAAUUCGCUAUGUUGCUCUGUACUGCUCAACCCCCGACUCUCCACUCCAUGGCUCUAUCUCCUCUCAAAGCGGCGGCCAUAUUAACAGUGUGGUGCGCUGGGCCUGCGACCGUGGUUACCGUCUUAUAGGCAACGCCACAGCAACCUGUCGCCGAUCGUCACUGGGCUACCACGCGUGGGACUCUCCUGUACCUGCAUGUCAAGCUGUCUCAUGCGGGGCACCCAAGGCUCCUAUAAACGGCGGCGUUUUAACAGCCGACUACUCCGUCGGAACACGAGUUUCCUAUUUUUGUAAUGACGGGUACAGACUCUCCAGUAAAGAACUGACAUCAGCCAUCUGUCAACCUGAUGGGACAUGGAGCAACCACAAUAAGAUACCACGGUGUUCUGUGGUGGUAUGUCCCAGCAUCGGGUCCUUUUCUCUAGAGCACGGCCGCUGGAGGAUUGUCAACGGCUCACACUAUGAAUACAGAACUCGCAUUGUGUUCACCUGCGAUCCAGGAUACUACAGAUUAGGCCCCGCCCACAUCCAGUGCUUACCCACUGGCGUGUGGAGCUGGAGAAAUGAGAGACCACACUGCCAGGUUAUCUCCUGUGGUGAGCUGCCAUCUCCACCCAGUGGGAAGAAGAUUGGUACUCAGACAACAUUUGGUGCUACGGCCAUCUUUACCUGCGAUGGUGGCUUCAUGCUAGUAGGGUCAGCUGUCAGAGAGUGCCUGUCGUCUGGGCUUUGGAGUGGAACGGAAACACGGUGUUUAGCUGGUCACUGUGGAAUCCCAGAAGGCAUUGUGAACGGCCAGGUCAUUGGGGAGAACUUUGGUUACCGUGACACUGUGGUGUAUCAGUGUCUGCCUGGCUUUCGACUAAUAGGCUCAUCGGUUCGAAUCUGUCUCCAAGACAACCAGUGGUCUGGACAGCUGCCUGUCUGUAUAUCAAUCAGCUGUGGCCAUCCCGGAAGUCCCAUAUAUGGUCGUACUGUGGGAAACGGCUUCAACCUCAAUGAUGUGGUCAGCUUUGUUUGUCAUCGGGGUUACGAAAUGGAGGGGCCCGCACAUGCUCAGUGUCAGGCCAACCGCCAGUGGAGCCACCCGCCCCCAACGUGUAAAGUGGUCAAUUGCUCAGAUCCAGGUAUCCCAGCUAACUCCAUCCGGCAGAGUAAAAUAGAGCACGGGAACUUUACCUUCGGCACUGUGGUUUUCUACGACUGUAAUCCAGGCUAUUACCUGUUUGGAUCACCUGUACUGACCUGUCAACCUACUGGACAGUGGGACAAACCCCUACCUGAAUGUAUAGUUGUAGAUUGUGGUCAUCCCGGCUCCCCCCCUAACGGUGUGCUGAGUGGAGAUAAGUUUACAUUUGGUUCAACAGCACGAUACUCCUGUCUGGGUGGAAGACAGCUGAAAGGAGAAUCAUCCAGGACUUGUCAGCUAAACGGGAUGUGGAGUGCCCCAAUGCCCUUCUGCUCUGGCGACACUGCUGGUUCCUGUGGCGAUCCUGGCAUUCCCUCUCACGGUUUGAGGGAGCAAACAGAUUUCAGGAUCCGUUCCAAGGUUCACUUCAGCUGCUCGGAGGGCUAUGAUCUGAUUGGUUCUACGGAGAGGAUGUGCUUCCCUAAUGGGACGUGGUCCGGCACACAGCCCUUCUGUAAACCUGUCCAGUGUGGUAACCCUGGCACUCCCAGUAAUGGCAGAGUAUUUCGUUUGGAUGGAACAACAUUUUCUCACUCUGUCAUCUACUCCUGCAUGGAUGGCUACCUGCUCACCGGUGCUACCACCAGGCUGUGUCAGGCAAACGGGACCUGGUCAGGCGCACAGCCCAACUGUACCAUGAUAAACUGCGGGGAUCUAGGUGUGCCAGCUAACGGCCUUCGCUAUGGAGAGGACUUUACAAUUGGUCAGAAUGUUUCCUUCCAGUGCCAACCAGGAUACAGAAUGGAGGAGGAUGGAUCACCUGUGAGGACGUGCACCCAAAAUGGGACGUGGAGUGGGAAUAUGCCCAUGUGUACAGCGGUGACCUGCCCAGCUCCUCCUGUUAUCAGUAAUGGGGUACUGCAGGGCAGUGACUUUGAAUGGGGCAGCAGUGUGAGCUACAGUUGCUCACCUGGAUAUGAGCUCUCAUUCCCGGCUGUCCUGACCUGCGUGGCCAAUGGCACCUGGAGUGGCAUGCUACCACAGUGCUUACCCAAGUUUUGUGGUGACCCAGGUACUCCAGUCGGGGGUUUCCGAGAGGGACGCAGUUUCAUCUACCAAUCAGAAGUUACCUUCAGUUGUGCUCCACCUCUCAUUCUGGUCGGCACGGCAACUAGACUUUGUGAAAGUGACGGUACCUGGAGUGGUACGCAGCCUCGCUGCAUUGAACCGACCAAAACCAGCUGUGAGAACCCGGGAACGCCACGCUACGGCUCCUUAAACCGCACCUACGGUUUCAAGGUGGGGAACGUGGUGUCAUUUCAGUGCCAGCCGGGUCAUUUGAUUCAGGGCUCUUCCUCUAGAACCUGCCAGCCUGAUCUCACGUGGAGCGGAUCACAACCUGAGUGCAUACCCCAUGCCUGUAAGCAGCCAGAGAGCCCACUUCAUGUGGACGUGGUGGGGAUGGAUCUGCCUGGUUUUGGCUACACCUUGGUGUACAGCUGUCAGCAUGGCUAUUUCCUGGCGGGAGGUUCUGAACACAGAGUCUGCAAGAGUGACGGCACAUGGACAGGAAAGAUGCCUAUAUGUCGAGCUGGAGAGAAGAAGAAACCUGUGAAACCAGCAACAGGAACUCCCAGCCCCAAACUAAAUGUUCCAGAUGAUGUCUUUGCUCCAAACUACAUAUGGAAAGGUUCCUAUAAUUACCGUGGGAGGAAGCAGCCUAUGACACUGAGCAUUACCAGCUUCAACUCCACAACAGGAAGAGUCAACGUCUCCCUCAGUAAUGGCAACAUGGACCUGCUCCUAUCAGGAGUGUAUAAGGCUUCUGAGGCCAGGCUGUUACUGCUGAUGUACCAGGUAAACUACGCAAACCAGGGAACCCAGCUCAAAGAUUCAGCCCUAUCUCCAGCCAAAAUCAUAGAUGAUUCCUGGACCAUGGAUGGAUUUGUAUCAGCAGAGCCUGAUGGUUCUAGUUACGUCUUUCAGGGUUUCAUUCAGGGAAAAGACUAUGGACAGUUUGGACUGCAGAGACUGGGUCUGAAUAUGUCGGAGAGUCAGAACUCGUCACCCCCUCAGCUUGGUACCAACAGCAGUUCUGUGGCUAUCGCUAUUCUGGUGCCUUUCUUUGCUCUAAUAUUCACUGGCUUCGGCUUCUAUCUCUACAAACAACGAACCACACCAAAAACACAGUACACCGGCUGCUCAGUCCAUGAAAACAACAAUGGCCAGGCUGCCUUUGAGAACCCCAUGUACAACACCAAUGCCAAGGCUGUGGAGGGGAAGGCUGUUAGAUUCGAUCCAAAUCUAAAUACUGUGUGUACCAUGGUCUGAGGAUUGGUUAUCCUCACCUGAACUGAAUGACUUUCGACAUCUAAUGGGACCACUUUUGGUGCGAGACUGCGGAGGGGAGAGCCGUAUGCUUCGAAUCAAAGCUCAACGUUGUCAGCAACACAGUCUAUAAAUCAAUUACAAAAGACCGUCAGUCCCACUUCAGAAACCUAAGCCCCCCAAGCAGAGGGAUAAACCAAAACCCAGGGUUGGCUCCUUUCAUUUACAGUAUUUUUGUAUCCACAAUUUUAACAAAUGUAAACACAAAAUGUCUGCUACCUUUGACGGAUGCAACACAGCCAGAGUGAAUUCACAGUGACAUGUGACUUCAAGUGAAUCAAAAGAAUGCAACCCAACGGAAAACUAUACGGCUAUUAUUCCUCUCCAACCCCAAGACUCAGUGGGUCAUGGAUAGUUUAAAAUUAGAUUCUCAAUCAGACACAACCAUUGUACUACAACCUCUUACCUAACCACGCUCACAGUCUCUAAUACCAGUAGUAUUGAGUAAGCCGUGACCUUCUUGGCGGUCAUCUCGACAUGUCACCAUAACCCAAUGCAGAGCUUUGUGUCUCACACAGAGCUUUGGAAAGAAGGAAACGCUCUCAGCUCUGUAACCAUUAGGAGGGAGAUCACAUCUUCAGUGCUUUGGCCAUGAUUAUACAUUUUGGAGAUUAAACUGCGCUACAGAAAUGGGUUGAUUUCAUUUGUACCACUUUGUCUCCCUGGCUAAACUAAACUAAUCCUUACUGUGAGGAACACAGAUGCAAAAUGGCCGCAGAUGGUAAAGUGUGACACGAAGAGGAUGUCACAGAAGACACUGUGAAGCAAAAACGGUUGCUAAGUAUCUGGCUUCAAAACUGACAGUAAAAGACACUGUUAGCAACAGACCAUCAGUUAACCAGACUGACUAGUAGGGAACAGGAGCCUAUUUCUACAGUGAUCACUGAAUAUAACACCCUCGCAGCCAGAAAGGACAACAUGCUGUCUCCAUGACAACCAGAGGCUGGUAUUACCAGUCUUUUUCUAUGAAAGCAGACUAACACAGCUAAUGCUAGCAGACAGUAGCAAAAGUUGCUUUGAAAAAAGACUAAUUCCAAAGCGCAGCCCUGGAGCCGCAGCUAUAAUCCUCACUGAACUGGGAUUAAGGCAAAGCAAAACUAAAAGGAGUCCAAAGGGGAGCUAGCACUAAUAGAACAGAAGGGACGAGACUGACUCAUCUAAUGGAUGCUUCACAUCCAAUGGAUAAGAGAGGAAGCUGAGGAGACGGAGACGGAGACAACCCCUGACUGAACUGGAAGUAGUGUGAGAGAGUCAUCAAGAGAAAAGAUGAGGUCUUAAAAUCCUAACACAGCUAAUCAGAGCCUGUGUAACCUGAAAUCAACUACUGAGAGAGGUCGGUCUUCUCCCUACAUAAUGAAUCAGAUCAUACAGAGUGUGGCCUUGAGGAAAGACGUUCCUGAUCCUGCGAAUUGAAAUGCAUUCUGAGUGAAUGAAGGAUGCUGAAUGGAUACAGAGGACUCUGAUGGACUAGCAAAGCAAAAGACUUUGAGGAACAGAGAAAGCUCUGGCACUAAAGCACACUUUACAGGAACACUACCUGUCUACUCGCCGAAAGAUGGACUAACACAGGGAUGGAAGGAAAGGUUAGAAAGACACUGACAGGAUGAAUGGCAGACAGGAAUAAUGACAGUUACACAUACUAACACAACUCUGGAGAGACGGAAAGACGGAUGGUAUUAAAACCAACAGUUAGACACACAAGGAGACAAGACUUAAGACUGUUGCAGACCACCGUCCACUGCUUCUACUUCCCAGACAGAUUUAAAGUUUAAACACAGAUUACCAGGCUUACAGUCGGACAAACACGGAGACACAGACAGGCGUAAAUUGACAGACAGGCUAAAAGAAAGACAAACAGGGUUGUAGCCCGACAAUUGUGGACACAGUUCCACUGUAAUUCUGCACUCUGAGAGUGCUUAUCUUCUUUCUUUCUUAUUGCUGCAGAAUCUUCUGAUCUGUAAAUCUAUUGCAUAUAUAUUCGGGAGCAUUCACCACCUAUAUUUUUGUGCUAUAUAUUUACCACAGGGUAGGGGAGCUAAAGGGGAAAGAUGGAUUAUAGCAGUUUUUUUUUUUAAAGAAAAAAAAAAGAAAAUCACAAUUAAAGAUAUUACAACUAUGUGCUGUUCACAGAAGUCACACAGUGUUUUGGUUCCUUUUGUAACAUGGAGUUGUUUCUUUUCAUUCCCUGUGUAACGUGAAGUUCCUCUCACCAUCACUGUCUUUCCCACUGAGGCAAUCAUUAGUGUCUGUGGUAUUGUUGUUGUCAUUAUUGUUUAGAUACAAGGUUUGCCGGCAACAAUCAUGCUCUUUAAGGUUAAUGUUUCGCCAAGCAUUCUUCACAAAUGGCAGAUUUCUAAACCAUUGAACCAUGAACAGAUGGAGUUUGUGCUAUGGCCAUUUUUGUUUUUGCCCCUUCACUAGAUCUGUUGGCUACUACACACACAUACUGGACACGUCCAGGAUUUGUCACCUUUGUGACACAGACAAAAUUGUAAUGUUCUGCUGGAGGAACAACACUGUUUGCUAGCCUAACUAGUGAUAUUAUGCCACCAAAAUUUGCACAUCAACACUCUUGAGUUCAAAGAUGUCAACAAACAUCCCGGCUCUUGAUGGAACCAAUGUGUUUAAAUUACACAUGGCCAAGCCCCGACUCUGGUUCAGGUUUAUGUUUUUCAUUGUCUCCCACAAGGCCAGGCUAAAGUUAGAAACAAAAUGAUAUAAAUGAUAACAGUGAUAAUUGCUGGUGAACUGUUUGCGGAUGGCGGUCCAUGUUCAAGAUGUUUCAACCCAGGUAGGGAAUUUGUUUGCCAGUUCAUGUUUGUAUUUUUGCGUCGUACAUUUUAGGAUGUUCUCAAUGGGUUUGUGUAUGAAAAUAUUGCUAAAAUGAUGAUCUAAUUAAGUUGCAAACUCUACAUGUUUUAACCAUGUUUGCUCAAAAAGUCUCAAAGACAAGAUCUGUAAAUCUUACAUGAUCGUCCCCCCCAGGUUUUAUAUCACUGAGUCUUGGUUCUUCAGGUUUUCCCUUCUGUUAAAGAUGUGUUCGGUCUCCCAAAUCAACACUGACAUGUCUGAGAUCACAUGCAUUCUGUUUAAGUGUGUUUCUGGUUAGAUUUAAUCAAAUGAAAUCCACAUCAGUUAUAAAUGGGCACACAUUAUUUUCAAAUUUUUAGUUUGAAAUUGAAAGAAAAAGUUUGUCGUACCUUUGGCACUUCCUAAGUGAUGCCCAUUAUUUAGUUUUGCUUGUGUACAUUGCAUUUCAAAAAACUGAAAGUCCCUGAAUGUCCUUUAUUUUAGAGACACUAAAGCUAAAGAUGAGCUCACCAUUUGGGAGAAGAUCUUAAGAGUUCACCUCAACAAUUGAGUAAAUCUAAACACAUAAUCAUUGAGAUUUAAUAUUUCCCCUCGCUUUUACUUAUAUCUAUAUUUUGAAAAUGUAGCCUUAUAUCUCAGCUCAGUGUUGCUUGGUUGGAAGCUAUUUUAUUUCUUUUUUUCAAAUCCGACUUACAACCUCCACAACUGUCACUGCAUUUAGCUCCUGUCCACUGGAGGCUGUUGUUGCACAUGUUGCUGGCGUUUCUGAAAGUUUCAUGUGCCGUGAGUAAACCACUGCUUAGAGAAAAGAAACCAACAUCCAUAAAGAAUUGUUGUAUUCCAAGAGUUAGGCCUAUAAAUGCAACAUAUACCACAUCUAUAUCAUAUGGUGUCCACGUGACAGGAAUAUAUGUGUUAAUGAGCAUGAAUCACUUUUUUUAGCUUUGGUGCCCAUUUCAAAAUAAAAUAUUUGUUUUGAAGAGCAUGGUUUAAAGGUCUUAGACUGAAGUUAGUGAGUUUGGGUCCCACAUUUGAUGAAUGCCAGCUGUUUUAAUGAGUGUGGGUGUCAGGGUGAGCGAAAACAUCUGCUUGGCUUUACAAAACCCUGCUGACCCAACCACAGCGGCUGACUGCAACCAGCUGACAGAAAACUCAUUUUAAAGUCCUCACUGAUUUAAAAAACAGUGGUGGCUUCAUUGUUUAUCACUGCUGCGACUGUCCCGCACUUCAUCGCUAUGCUGACAUUGUUUCUUAUUACAAUUUGGAUUGAUUGUUGCUGCUGCUGCUGUUGUUGUUGUUACUGUUACUGUUGUUGUUGUUUUUGGUAUGGAUCUGACACAGUGCCUACCAAAAACCACGGGACCCUCCCUGUCAUCCACACAUGCGCACUCUUUCAAACACAGAUACGUUAACAGACACGUAAAUACAUACAUAUAAACACAAACCUGCUCUAGCGCUCCCCUUUGUCAGAAGUCAUUUUUUUCUAAGCUUCAGUCUAUUUUACCACAAGCUUUUCCUACUGACUGACCGCAAUAAGACCCAUGUGAUUUGAAGGACUUAAAGCUGUUCCUGCCUGGGGACAUUGGAAAUAUUCACCAUUUGAAAAAAAA